AUGGGAAAUAUGUCUCGACCGGAGGGGAGUCAAUAUUCAAAUCACGACAAUAAAGAGGAAAAUUCUAGGUUGAACGACAAGAGAGAGCUAACGGAAGCUGCGGCAUACGAUAAACUGGGCUACAGCUUUCCCGUCUGGUACAAAUGGAUGAUUCUCUGCGUGAUGUUCUCUAUUCAGAUAUCGAUGAACCUGAAUGCAAGUCUCUACGCCAACGGGGUUUCGGAAAUAGCCAAACAACACAACGUCAGCCAACAAGUCGCAAGAAUCCCACAACUGACCUUUCUUUGCGCUUAUGCCUUCGGGUGCCUGAUUUGGGCGCCAUGGAGUGAGGAGCUGGGACGAUGGCCAGUGCAGCAACUCAGUCUCUUCCUGGUUAACAUAUGGCAAUUUCCUUGUGCAUUUGCUCCCAAUUUUGCAACCUAUGUUGUGGUUCGCUUGCUUGGCGGAUUAAGUACAGCCGGUGGCUCGGUGACACUGGGGGUUAUUGCUGAUUGUUGGGAGCCUGAUGAUCAGGAAUAUGCCGUUGCAUUUCUUGUGCUGUCAUCUGUGGGCGGCUCCGUCGUCGGUGCAGUCGUUGGGGGCUUUGUGGAAGCGCGUCAGCCGUUAAGGUGGAUCUUUUGGGUUCAGCUCAUCGCUGGCGGCGCUGUUCAGAUCAUACACUUUAUCUUGGUACCAGAAACGCGAGCUACCAUCAUACUUGACAGAGAAGCAAAGAAGAGGCGAAAGGCUGGACCUGGGGAAGUCAACAUUUGGGGUCCUCAUGAACUUCACGGUUACUCACUGUCUGCGAAAGACAUCUGGAUUGUAUGGAAGCGACCGUUCGUGAUGCUGUUCACUGAGCCUAUCGUGAUGUGGCUUUCUCUUAUGAGCGGUUUCAGCGACUCCUUGAUUUUUACCUUUCUUCAAGGGUUUCAACCGAUUUAUAAGCAGUAUGGUUUUGGGACAAUUCAGAUCAGCCUCGCCUUUAUACCGUGA